AUGCAUCCGAUGAGAAUUCGAAAAAUAAAUCGAAUCACGUGUACGGUUUGUUUACGUUUUUCCAGACGCCAAUUGUUCAGUCAAACAGCGCACCACAUUCCAGCAAUGAACAACGAGCUGAACAAUAUAAAGGUCCUUGUUAGGGUGAGACCCACCCUACCGCGAGAACUAGACGCUAAUGAAGGAUUGACACCCCAAUCACUUGUGUCAAUGCCAUCCCCAGGUUGCACUACCCUUCUAAAUCCCACCACCAAUGAGCAAAAACUGUACUAUUUCGAUGAAUGUGUGUGGUCAUUCAACCCCAUGGAUGUUAGUUACAUCGAUAAUCAGCAGUUUUAUAAUAGAUUAGGACCCGAUUUACUAACGCAUUUGUUUGAAGGAUUCAAUGUUUGUUUACUAGCCUAUGGGCAAACAAGUUCAGGGAAGACUUACACUAUGAUGGGAGAAGAGAAACAACCGGGUGUAAUUCCGUCCUUAAUUAAGGACAUUUUGAAGCAAGUCGAAAUCUCCGUCAACCAAAAAGUGCAUUGUGAGUUAACAUUUUCGUACGUCGAAAUCUACAAUGAGCAGGUUGUAGAUCUACUCAACAAGGACCAAAGUGUGAAAUGCAAAGUUCGCGAAAACCCUCAAACAGGUCCAUAUGUUGAAAACUUGAGGGAAGUAAAGAUUUCCAAUUAUGCGCAAUUCUUGAAUCUUUUAAAAUUGGGAAACAAAGUAAGAUCUACCGCUUCAACAUUGAUGAAUGAUCUAAGCUCAAGAUCUCACGCAGUGAUUACAUUGACGUUACAUCAAACUAGAUACGAAGAUGAGGUUGGUGAUGGAAUUGGAAAUGCCAGUGAGCAAAUGACCUCGAAUAUAAAAUUAGUUGACUUAGCUGGCUCAGAACGAUUGGCUAGAACAAAAUUAUAUGGUCAACAGCAAAGAAUGAAGGAGGGAGCACUGAUCAAUAAAUCUUUGACAGUUUUGGGUCGUUGUAUCAACUUGUUAGCACAAAGGAAUAAUAAAACAGUGAUACCUUUCAGGGACUCAAUUUUGACGUACAUUUUGAAAGAAAAUCUUGCUGGUAAUUCUAAAACUUGUAUGCUAUUUUGCAUAUCUCCCUUGGAUUACGAGGAAACGAUACAAACACUCAAUUAUGCAAAUGAAGUCAAGAAAAUCAAAACUUUGGCCAAAGCAAACAAAACAAAGUUACCAACCGUGCCAGUUAAUUGGGACGAUUUACAAAAAUCAGAAAGCAGUGUCAUUGACUCACUUCGGAAUGAAGUGGAAACGUUGACAAAUAAAUUGACAAGUUUGGAGUUGGAGCGCAAUAACCUGUUAGCCUUGCUGGACCUGACAUUAGUAGAAAACAAAGAGUCUACCAAAUUCAAAAACUUGAUGGAGUUUCUCGAAAAAGAUUCCGCAAAGACUAAAUUUGAAAACAGAUAUUUGAAACAACAAUUGGCAAAGAAUAACAAGCAUAUUAGUGAAUUACAAACUCAAAUUGACUUUGUAUACCAAUUCGAGGUUGAAAAUAUGAAACAAGACAUGGCAAAGUCGCAGUUGAUCAAGGAUAUUGAGCGCUGUCGUCAUACAAUUAAAACUGAUUUGGUAAAAUUCGACCCCGCCCUGUUCUUAGCUCAAUAA